AGUUGCGCGGCUUUCAAUCCUUCUCCAAGGCGCGCGUUUUGUAAAUUGAUAACGUGUCCUUAUGGAGAACCCUGUUUUUGAUGAUCCUAGUAAUGAAGCCAAAUAUUGGCGGCAAAAGGCUGAAGAGUACCGUAGCGGUAUGGAAGAAGCACGAGAGGAGCUGGAAGACUUCCAGAUUAGUUCACGAGAACUAGAACUAGAGCUUGAAACUCAAUUGGAACAAUUAGAAAAGCGCAAUUCAGAGCUAGUCGUAUUGUGUGAAAAGCUAACUGUUGAAAAAGAUGCCUACCGUCAUAAGGCGGAAAAUAGUCAAGAAUAUGUUAAUCACGAAAUAACUAGACUUCAAGAUGAAUUAGAGAAGUCGAAGUUAGAUCGAGAGAAAAUGCACAAAUAUAUCCGUGAACUGGAACAGUUAAAUGACGAUUUAGAACGUUCUAAAAGAGCGACAGUUGUUACAUUAGAAGAUUUUGAAUCCCGCCUAAACCAGGCUAUUGAGAGAAAUGCAUUUUUGGAGAACGAAUUAGACGAAAAGGAGGAUCUAAUGGUAACUGUCCAGCGACUUAAAGAUGAAACUAGAGACCUCCACCAAGAAUUGGCUAUAACUCGCCGUCAACCUGAAUUGGGCACUCCACCAGAAGUAUGUAAUGGAGGCAAUACCAUUCCUACCAAAAGUUUUAAUAAAAUCGAUACAAUAGAUUCUAUGGUACAAACAGAAAACAGUUGCUUUUUCAAUUCAAUACUUACUCCGUCUGUCAGAUUAUCUGCUUUAAAUAUGGUGAAUAAUGCUUUACAAAGAAUAGGACAAUUAGAAAUGAAAUUAUCUAUAUUGUAUAAGACGUACGGUCAUCCUCCACUUUCUGCGCCAGUAUAUAAUGGUAAUAGUAGCAGUAAUAACGGUAAUAUACACUCUCCAUCAUCCGAUUUCGAAUUGAAAAGAUACAAUUUAAAGUCACCACAAAGAUUAUCUAAUCCAAGUUGGACAAAUGGUCCUAUUAAAUUAGAUCCUCUUCCAACUGCAGAAAAAUCAUCUCGGGAAAAUUCUAUACAUUUUGUUCAUUGAAAUUGAUUUAUAUUGUAAAGUACAUUGAAAAGAAGUCAAUUCAUUUUAUCUUUCUAUACAUCUUACCCCUAUUAUAUAACGAAAUAUUAUUUAUGUAAAGACUGUGUUUCUUAUUGUAUUUGUGAAUAAUCUUUAUUUUGGAUUAAGAAAAACGGUGCAUUUCAUCAAUUUUCCACGUUUAACUCAGAAUCUCUUAUUAUUAUUAUUGUACAAUUUGUCAGGUGUUCUCCUAAGAAGAUAAAUCUUUUUCAACACUGAAAUAUUCUAAUUAUCACACUUAUAAGAUUCUACUUAUUCUGAUAAAUCUUAUACAAAGUAAUCUUUCUCUUUUUGCAUGAACCAUGGUGCUCACAGUUACCGUUCAGCUUUCAUUCUGUUCCAGCUACUCCUCUUUAUUCUCUUUCUACUGCUUUGUAAAAUUAUCUUAUGUAAUUCAUUAUACUGAAGUCUAUGGUACUUGCUAUCUCUUUCUAUAUCUAUCUGUUCAUGUAUCUGUUUGUUCUAUUCAGUUUUCUUUUUUUUCCAAAGCACUACAAGGAGGCAUUUUCCACUUAAUACAUGUAUGUGUGUGUAUGUAUAAUACCAGUUAAGUCACUUGUUAACAAAUAAGAGGAUAACUAUGAUUUUCAUAUAAAUUAUUUUCAUUCUCAUCUGUAUUUAUCACAUCAUAUAAUGAUAUUCAUUAGUUUUAUUGCACUAACACGUAUAUUGUAACUGAUGAAAAGAAGCGGGCGUAAUAUAUUCAUUAUUUUAUUUUUGUCAUUCAUCUUAUCCCUUGUAUAGUUUGUCUUUCUCCUAAAGUUUUCUCUUUUUCUGGUCAUAUAUAUCUCAUGCCCUCCCCUCUUUUUUUUAAAGUUAAUCUUUUAGUUUCUAUCAUCUAUUUUGUAUUUCCUGUAACUAUCAAGUCGGAAUUCAUUUUACCGCCAAAACAUAUUAACAUUAUCAUUAUUAUCACUUGUUUCUUUAUUUAAAAUAUAUUUCUUAUCAUUUUUUAAAAUUUCUUUUUGUCUACAAUUGUACAAUCUGUCAUUGAUAAAAUGUUAAUUUUUUUUCAAAAUGUAUAUUUAUGGUGAUUGAAUUGUACCUACUCGAAAAUGGUCCAACAUAACAGUCAUUUCGAAUAAAAAAAACCUAAGUAAUUCAUAAGUAAAAUGUACAUUAAUAGGUAUUAUGAUAACGACCAAAAUGGUAUACAAUACAAUGUUUUUAUCACUG